AUGAAUCAAAGAUUCUUUUGGGGAUACAAUUCGAUAGAAAUAUAUAGAGCUUGUAACAUUUUAGAAGCAUUUUUGGAUUCUAAGAAAAAUGAAUUAAGAAAAUUGACUAAUGAUAAGAGCAAGACACCUUUUAAUAGUACAAUUCACACAGCUCGUGCAAUAUUAGACCGCAAAUUAAAGAUUAACUUUCGUGCGAGUGAUUUUGGCUGUCCUGAAAAAAUUAUGGAUAUGAUUUCCGAUUUUAAAUUCAUGGUUAAAACUUUGCUCAAAAGUGAUGGCAGGAUAAUAUCAGAAAAUGGGUUUAAUUAUACUUUAUUUGAUGCAGCUAUAGUAACCGGAUACCCAGAUAUUGUAAAAACCUUCCUCAAGUAUAAUUUUAAAAUCAAUUCCAUGUAUAAUACUCCAUUCCAUCGGCAUUGUUUAGCGUUGAAUCGUGCAGCUCAAUCCGGUCAAGAAAAUAUGGUGACUUUAUUGAUAAACUAUGGAGCCGAUAUAAACAGAAAAGAUUUUCAUAAUAAAACUGCACUCUUCUAUGCAAUUCAGGCUAAUCAUGUGUAUACCACUCUGAAACUGUUAAACCAUAACGCCAAAAUUGAUGAUCCAGAUUUACUCACAGCCGGUAUUAUCAACCUAUCUGAUGGUAUAGUGAGACUUCUGCUCGAACGUGGUGUUCCUGUGAAUCAACCCGACUUAUGUGGACGAGUUCCUCUUCAUUUUGUGAGUAACAGCAAUAAACAAUUUAUCGAUCGCGAUUUUGAGCGAGCCCAAAUAGCAAGAGCAAUCAUCGAUUCCGGCGCUUUCGUCAACGCUAAAACUAGAAGUGGAAUCACGCCUCUGCAUGCAGCUGUUCUUCAAGGAUUUUAUCGGAUUGCUGAAGUUCUUCUAACCAAUGGUGCUGAGGUCGAUGAAUUUGUGUCUAUGCACAGAACGGCACUUUUCUAUGCUGCGUACAAUACUCAUCCUGAAGUUGUGAAAUUAUUAUUAAUGUAUGGUGCUGACAUUAACAUAUUAGAUGAUGUAGGAAAAUCUGCACUAGACAUGGCCAAUGAUUCAGGAACAGGCCGAUAUGCAAUAGUUUCAGAUGAAUCAGAUUUUCAUGAUGAUGACGAGAUGAAUUAUACAUACCGCAGGAUGUAUACUAGCUCAUGUGCUAAUAAUCGUGAAGAAACUAUUAAAACUCUCCAGAAACACAUUAUAAAGAUGAUCACUGCAGGAAUGUUUGUACGCAAGGAUAUCAAGUGUAAGGUCAACAUGGUCGAAAUGGAAUCGUUUCAGAAUAUGUGUUACAAUGAGUUAAAAAUGAUAAAAACCAUACCACUAGUUAAUCAUCUAACUGGUUUUGAUAUCAUGAGAAUGCGCCUCACCGAAUUGAUCUCCUAUAUCAAAAACCCAGAUAUACGGGAUGUCUUAAAGCAGUAUCACUACUCCAAGUUAUUUCCUCUUUAUGGAAUAAUUAUUCAUGCUCAAAUUCAGAAGGCAAUAAGGAGGCAAAAAAAAAUUCUAAAGCCUUACGAUUCAUUUGGACCUUCACUCAAUCUUCCAGGUUAUCCUACUCUAGAUACGUAG